AUGACUGAUUCCGGGAUUUUAAGCUUCAAGACGCCCGAGGAAAUGCAUGACUACAUGAAAAAUCUGGGAUUGGGUUUUGAAUAUAGUUGUAUACGUGAAAACAAUCCCGUCAGUUGUCAUUCAUGGGCACUAUGGUGCAGUAAUUAUAAAAAGCUAGUUACCAACGGUGCAGACAUUCUGAAAGAAAAUUGCUUCAAGCGUAAUUAUGGAGACAGUUGCUAUCGAUAUGGGUCAUUAAAAGUCAUUGGCGAUAGAGGUAUAUUGCGAGAUCCAGUCGAGGCUUUCCGUGCAUUCGAACAUGGUUGUAAGGCAGGAAAACAGGGGAAAUGUUGUCAAGCUGCUGGGCGCCUAGUUGCUGAUGGUAUAGCUAGUCAUGCACCAAAUUUAUCUGUUGCAAUGCCACUAUUCGAAUUAGGUUGUCAAAAUAAAGUACCAGAAAGUUGUUUUCAUCUUGGUGGUGCAGCAAUGGUAUUAGCUAAAGAUAAUGACAAAUCAACUAAUUCAGAAAAGUCUCCUAAUCCUACUGGUAGUAAUGAUAGUAAUCGUCUACGUGUUGAAGCAUUCAAAGCAUGGAUGGAGGGUUGUAAAUUGGGUCAUGAACUCUGUUGUCGUAAUAUUGCAAAAAUGUACUCCAAUGGUGAUGGUGUUGAAAUAGAUGAAUUGAAAGCAAAAGAAUUCCUAUUAAAAGCUGAUCAACUUGCGACACAUAACAACGUAACACAUACUUCUACUACUGCUGUGAAUAAAACUAGUACAUAA